CGCUGCGAGUCUUUGAUCACUUCAGGAAAAGGCUUUUAGGCAGGUUGACCGCUUCAUUGUCGGUCCCGAUGGGUCGCGUGAGAAAGAAGUCCGUCCUGUAUCUCCUGCUCCAUAUUUCAACUGAAGGAAGCGGGUCGUUUGUGAUGCAACAUAAUCAUUUGUGCAAGUCGUCAAGAAGGCUUGGUCCCAUAUCUCUCGUGAAAGCAUGCCGCUCAAGACAUAUCCUCUUGCUGUCUGAUUGCAAUGGCCCGAUCUACAAUUCGACUGGGAUCUUCUGCCGUCAGUACACUGUGGCUAGGGACUUGGACAAUGUUUGGACGUUAAUGUGUAUCAUUCGUUGCAGCAUGUCUAUAAUCUAAGUGUAUAAUCCUCUAUGGCCGGCAUG